CACAGCGCAGGCCAAUGGCGACGGUCCUAUAAAAAGGACCUCCGCGCGCUCCUGUUAGGAACUGAGUGGAGGAUUCGCUCGUGGAGUCCUGGUCUAAGCCAAGUGGUCCCAAGUGCGCCAAGGCGUGGAGAUCCAGCGGGAGACGCAGAGUCAGAGCACGCCCGUUUCCCGUCUCGCAGUCGGCACAGGUAGAGCCACGAUCGCAGCGCGGCCAUGGAGCCCAGCAGCAAGAAGGUGACUGGCCGCCUCAUGCUGGCCGUGGGAGGGGCAGUGCUCGGAUCCCUGCAGUUUGGCUACAACACUGGCGUCAUCAAUGCCCCCCAGAAGGUUAUUGAGGAGUUCUACAACCAGACAUGGGUCCACCGCUAUGGAGAAUCCAUCCUGCCCACCACACUCACCACGCUCUGGUCCCUCUCGGUGGCCAUCUUCUCUGUUGGUGGCAUGAUUGGCUCCUUCUCUGUGGGCCUCUUUGUUAAUCGCUUUGGCAGGCGGAACUCCAUGCUGAUGAUGAACCUGUUGGCCUUUGUGUCUGCCGUGCUCAUGGGCUUCUCCAAACUGGGCAAGUCUUUUGAGAUGCUGAUCCUGGGCCGCUUUAUCAUUGGAGUGUACUGUGGCCUGACCACUGGCUUUGUGCCCAUGUAUGUGGGAGAGGUGUCACCUACAGCUCUCCGCGGAGCUCUAGGCACGCUGCACCAGCUGGGCAUCGUCGUUGGCAUCCUCAUUGCCCAGAUUUUCGGCCUGGACUCCAUUAUGGGCAAUGCAAACUUGUGGCCUCUGCUGCUCAGUAUCAUCUUCGUCCCAGCCCUGCUACAGUGUAUCCUGUUGCCCUUCUGCCCUGAGAGCCCCCGCUUCCUGCUCAUCAAUCGUAACGAGGAGAACCGGGCCAAGAGUGUGCUGAAGAAGCUUCGAGGGACAGCCGAUGUGACCCGAGACCUACAGGAGAUGAAAGAAGAGGGUCGGCAGAUGAUGAGGGAGAAGAAGGUCACCAUCCUGGAGCUGUUCCGCUCGGCCGCCUACCGCCAGCCUCUCCUCAUCGCUGUGGUGCUGCAGCUGUCCCAGCAGCUGUCGGGUAUCAAUGCUGUGUUCUAUUACUCGACGAGCAUCUUCGAGAAGGCGGGCGUGCAGCAGCCUGUGUAUGCCACCAUCGGCUCGGGUAUCGUCAACACAGCCUUCACUGUGGUGUCGCUGUUUGUGGUGGAGCGAGCUGGACGGCGGACUCUGCACCUCAUUGGCCUGGCAGGCAUGGCAGGCUGUGCUGUGCUCAUGACCAUCGCACUGGCCCUGCUGGAACGGCUGCCCUGGAUGUCCUAUCUGAGCAUCGUGGCCAUCUUUGGCUUUGUGGCCUUCUUUGAAGUAGGCCCUGGUCCCAUCCCAUGGUUCAUUGUGGCUGAGCUGUUUAGCCAGGGGCCCCGUCCUGCUGCUAUUGCUGUGGCUGGCUUCUCUAACUGGACCUCAAAUUUCAUCGUGGGCAUGUGCUUCCAGUAUGUGGAGCAACUGUGUGGGCCCUAUGUCUUCAUCAUCUUCACGGUGCUCCUGGUGCUGUUCUUCAUCUUCACCUACUUCAAAGUUCCUGAGACCAAAGGCCGCACCUUCGAUGAGAUCGCUUCCGGCUUCCGGCAGGGGGGUGCAAGCCAAAGCGACAAGACACCUGAAGAGCUGUUCCACCCUCUGGGGGCUGACUCCCAAGUGUGAGGAGCCCCAUACCUGGCCCGGCCUGCUCCCAGCAGCCCCAUGGAUCUCUCUGGAGCACAGGCAGCUAGAUGAGACCUCUUCCAAACUGACAGAUCUCAGGCGAGCCGGGCUUGGGCGCCUUUCAUCAGCCAGCAAUGAUGUCCAGAAGAAUAUUCAGGAUGGCUGCAGAAUUUUAAUGAAAGCAAGACUGUUGCUCAAAUCUGUUCAGAUAAGCAACAGGUUUUAUAAUUUUUUUAUUACUGAUUUUUGUUACUUUUUUUUUAUCAGCCACUCUCCUAUCUUCACACCCUUGUCUUCACCUUGAAUGGCUCAGUGCCUGAGGGUGGGGACCAAGCCCUGUCCAGACACAAUGCCUUCUUCGCUAAUCUGUAGGGCUGGACCUAUGACCAAGGACACACUAAUCGAACUAUGAACUACGAGGCUUUACCCCAGGAGGUGGUAGCUGCCACCCCCUUCCGCAGGCCCGGAUCUCCCCAUUAUAGGGGUCGGGCUCCAUUUUAGGAUUCGCCCAUUCCUAACUCUUCCUUCCCAACCACUCAAUUAAUCUUUCCUUGCCUGAGACCAGUUGGAAGCACUGGAGUGCAGGGAGGAGAGGGGAAGGGCUAGCCAGAUUCUAGUCUCUUGUGCACUGAGGGCCAGACAUCACCACGAGAAGGGCCUCGGAGGCUGAGAACUCACCGCUGAAGACAUGGACACUCCUGCCCUGCUGUGUAUAGAUGGAAGAUAUUUAUAUAUUUUUUGGUUGUCAAUAUUAAAUACAGACACUAAGUUAUAGUCUAUCUGGACAAACCCACUUGUAAAUACACCACCAUACUCCUGUAACUUUACCUAAGCAGAUAUAAAUGGCUGGUUUUUAGAAA